ACUUGUGAGCUUACCAUACACAUGACCUUUCCAAGAUGGACGCAAGUGCCUGUUUUAUUGCCUAACGUCUGAGUUGGAUAAAAAAAAAUUGAGUUCUUUCAUCUCGCUCGUGACAUUCCUCAUCGUGAGAAAGUCGCCCUCGGUUGUUGUGAAAUUCCACCGAAAGAGUCUCUUCUCCAAUAUCACGAUAGUGUUGUGUACAUCAAAUGAGGAUUUAAAUCUUAAAAAUGAUUAUUUUGUGCAACGAACCAUCCACCUCGAGGCAGAUGUAAAUGUCGCGCAUAUUUCGCUCCAUCUCCGCAGUGCAAAGCGUGGCACCGGACCGGGCGACCUGGUGGCGGGGGGGAGGUUAUGUUUACAUCCUGGAUUUCAACACAGUGCAAUUCAAUAAUAAGAGACAUUUAUUUUUGAAAAUAUAAUUGAUGUGAAAUAAUAAAAAAAAAGAAGAAAAUAAUAGUGUGUGCCUCGCGUGUGUUUUUUUCCCCCCUUAAACUAAGCAUUGCGCAUGAAAAAUAUUUCUGCCCUUGGCAAUAGCCUAUUUAUCCGUUGUAGGCCGCUGCGUACGAGCCAGGGCGCGAUAUCCGAGUGUGUGUUAUAUGUGUAUAUAUCUCUUUAGUCAGGAAUAAGACGUCGCGACGAGUAGCGCACCGCAAAUUGCGUUCGUUCAAGUAAACAGGUGUACAAUAAUACGCACUAAGUGCGACGUACGUCGCCUCGUGGCGAUUCAGUUGUUUGCUUCGCUCUCUGCUCCAUAACAACUUUGUUCUCAUUUUCAAAAAAAAAAAAAAAAACGUGUCUGUGUGUUAACAUUUAAAAUCCGGAGAAAAAAGGAAUUUUAUCCGAAUUAAGAAUACAUCAGUUUUUUUUUAUUUUCCUUUAAAAGGGAAUUGAGACUUUUUCCUGUUUGUGAAAGACGUAAUGUGUUGACUUUAUCCGUGACCUGAAAAAAAGUACUUGAUCGAUUUUCUGAAAUAUUUUUUUUCUGCUUUAUAAAUAUUGACAUUUCAAAUUUUUUUGAUUUCUUGGAAGAAACAACUUAGAAAAAAUUAUUUUAAAUGUUUUUGUUAUAAAAUAUUGCUAAUAUUUUCAUAAUAUUUGAUCGUAUAGUGAAAUUUUGUGUUAUAAGAAAUAAGUCGACUGGCGUCGGUCAGGAGUGACAAGAGAGGAAAAAAAAAUCGACGCAAGGCGAUUUUAGGCGUUCCCUAACCUCCGAAACGGGAGCAUUUGAUUUCGAUCGGGUUGUAAAACUGGGAGGGGGGUGUGAGGAGGGUGAGACGCCCUUGAUGCAACUCGCUGAGUGCUUAUGCACCCGUGGUGGCGUGCGUGAGUACGAGUGCUUAUUUACUUUUUACCCCAACGACACGUGUGUCUGCAGCCCUCGGCAUCGCCCUUCGCUGCGCGGACGACGUCGCUUGUCGCUUCUCUGUGGCGUUUCUGGGAAGAAGAGCCUCCGAAUUGAACGCGGCCUGCUCUGAUCGUCCAUGUUUACUUUUCCUCGGGGGAACGAACGCACAGAUUCUACUAGUCAAAAAAGAAAAAAAAACAAUUUUGAGAGUGUCAACGAUUUUUAAACGAUUUUCAUCACGUUUUCGUCAUCGCUUACAAUUGACGGUAUUCGACUCCGACGUGGGUCGAGUUUAAGGGGAAAGACGAAUGUGACCCGUUUCACUGGUGAAGUACCGUGUAAAUGGUGCUUCGCAUCAUAUGGGAAUCAGUGUCGUGGGGUGUUUACAAAAACGGGUUUCUUAAGCUCGACGACAACGACAAUGUCCUCGAGCAGAAUCCUGGUACCACCAUCGACUGGCAAUGUUAUACGCUCUGGACAUUUGAGAAAAUUGAAAACAUUAAAGAAAAAAUAUUUUGUAUUACGUGAAGAAGCGCCCGGUUGUCCAGCAUGCCUUGAAUAUUAUGAUAGUAAGAAAAAAUUUGAAAAUCGUCAACCACCAAAAAGACAGAUAUCAUUGCACAGUUGUUUUAAUAUUAAUAAACGCGGUGAUAUUAAGCAGAAAAAUGUCAUUGCACUUUAUACAAAGGACGAGUGCUUUUGCUUGGUUCUUGAUACGGAGAAGGAUCUUGGCGAUUGGCUUAAUUCAAUGUUAUUGCUGCAAAAUGGUGGACAACCUGAUGGAGAACAACCGCGUCCUACUUUUGAGCACGUGUGGCAGGUAACUAUGCAGAAAAAAGGACUAGGUGAGCGUAAAAACAUCCAAGGACCAUACAGAUUAUGUCUCACGGAUUCUGCCGUAACUUUCUACAAAGUUGGAGCAAAUAAUAAGUCUGAUUUUAUCGAAUUUCCACUCGUGUCGAUAAGACGUUGCGGAUUUAUGGAGAGGAUCUUUUACAUGGAAAUGGGAAGAUCUGCGGUAACGGGUGGUGGUGAAUUUUGGAUGGAGGCCGAGGACAACAAUAUCGCUCAAAAUAUGCACGCUGCUAUAUUAAAUGCCAUGACCAAUUCGAAUACAAAUCGAGACGAAGUUGUACCACGUCAAAGGAUGCGAAGUUCAUCGGCGAAUGAGGCUAGUAAACCAAUAUCCGUUCUACCCCGUCGGCAUACGGGGCAAAAGCUCCUUGGCUUCUCACCCCUCGAGGAACAGAGGACGCAGAAGGAGCAGGUGGACUCGUUGCAACAGCAGAAUGCCACUGUCUCUGCCCCUUCACAGUGUUGUCAAUCACAGAGCACAUCCUCUUCCAAUACACUCACGGCACCUGCUGCCGGUACCGGAACUGGGACUACCGGAAAUGCCACAACUAAUGUCAACAGUAGCAGUAUGAAUAGGCGCCGCCAUUCGGUGGCAAGUCAUCCCCAUUCCACCAAUAAUUCCCAAUCCGUUCAUGUCAAUACUACAUCAUCAUCAUCAUCAACAACAACAUCAUCAUCAUCAACAACAACAACAACAAAAUCUACAACAACAAGUACAACCGUCACCGCGACCAUCGCGACCAUCACAACCACAACCGCAACAAAUUCCCAUCAGAGAACCCUGUCGCUGCCCUUAGCAGCCGUUGCUAUCAAUCAAACGCAAUCAUCCAAAAGAUCCGUUUUACGCUGCACGAGCGGAAGGGAGAGAUGUGAUAGUUUACCAUCGAGAGCAAGAACAACGAGUGUGGGACAUCCAACGCCACUUGCGAUGGUUCAUCCAAGAGCGAUUCAUUUGGGUUCGCAUGCGCCAAGGCCACAUUCUAUGUAUGGUCGUGGAAUGUCGUAUUCACCGCCAGUUUCUUCAAUGCCCAUUAGUCCAGCAUCUGGAGCUUGCUCAACGGACUCGGCCGGAUCGUCACUAUCGAUGGACGAUGGUUCGGAGAAUAUUCUCGAGGAGGGACUCACCUCGAGAUAUGGACAUUCAUUGACACCCGAUGAGCCCGUUAUCCUCGAGGAGAAUGGUGAUGAUUAUGCCCCUUGGCCGAGCAAUCAACAAAAAUACUCGCCAAACUACAAGUCCCAUUCUCCCUCGCAGGUGAUUCCUCUCUGCGGUUUCAUGCUUAGUUCGUAUGUGGAGAUGUACAGCCCUUGUGGGUCAAGUCCUAGUCGCGGUGGUGGAGUUUACAUGCCAAUGAGUCCAGCAACGACGGCUCACUCGCAUUCCCGAGCCUCGUCACUGGUGGAGGACACUGGUACACUUCUACCCGACGGUUAUGUUCCGAUGGCUCCCGUCCGUGACGAUGGUUACGUCGAUAUGGAUCCUUCCAAUAGUCAAAAUGGCCACUUUCCUGACGAUAUGUCCGGUCAUGGUGGUAGCAGUUGUUCAGUCACUUCGGGAACUCCCAGUACGGAUCUGAGGUUCUCCGAGUAUCACCUCGAUAAAGUCACCAGCUACCUACCGGCUGGCGAGGAUCUUCAGGCGAGGCCCAUCAGAGCCUACUCCGUUGGUUCGAGACCGGAACCUGUAAAUAGGCAUCGAAAAAAUAGCACCUUCCGUGAUAGGUACGAAGUUACGCAACAAGAUGUCAGUAGAGUGCGAGCAUUCUCAGUGGGAAGUCGAUCCAAGAGGCCCGAAAUGGGAAGGUUAUUGAACAUCACCACUGCACCGUUAUUACCGGGUGGGGAAAAUUCGAGUACAAAUAAGUCGAAUUCAGCGCCACUUUUAUCUAGUUCCUGGGGUCAUAAUUCUGGUUGUUCGGUUAAUUCGGAACGAAUGGAAGACCUCAUGGAAUUAGAUUUCUCGAGGUCACAUCUACCGACGACACUCUCGUCACCACCGUCGACUUAUUCGCAGUCGCAAUCUUACUCCACUGCCACUGAUAACAGUUCCUACGUUGACAUGUCGCCUGGACAGCAGACUUCCUCGACAACUGCCCCUUAUGUCGACAUGAGUGGCAUCAACAAGCAUCGAAAUAAUAAUAAUAAUAACAAUACAACCACUGCCAAUCACAAUCACAACAAUAUUCAUUCAUCGACAUCGAUAGCCACUCUAAGACCGGUGAUAACAACGUUGAAACCCGUCGAGGAGGCCGAGUCCCCGUACAUGAAAAUGGACUCGGGUCUGGACUUCUGGCCAAAGAGUGGGUCCAGUCCGAAGCAGAUGCCCUCACCACUGCAGGAUGAUUACAUGCUGAUGAACGGUCCACCAGGAGGAACGAGAACCGCACCUGUCGACUUCCCCCAACCACGACGGACCCAAGACGGUUACGUGGAAAUGUCCUUCAAAGUACGACCCAGCCUCGAGCAGGACUACAUCAACAUGAACAUGGGCGCGAGUGCACGAAGUCAUCAACGAAAUCGCAACAGCAAUCGCAAGGAGAAAAUUCGCUCCCAACCGAUUGCAAUUCUAGCCAGCAGUAAAUCAACGAAAACGCCAAACUUUCUACCUCUAAACGGAAGUCCAAAUUCGGAGAGUCUCGAAUCGACGCCGGCCACACCACCACGAGCAACGCCCACCGGUUCAACAGCAACAAUAUUCCCCUUCUCCCUCAACAGUCCUCAAUCGCCCGAGAAACCAUUCACAACCGAACCCGAGGUCAGCUCCAAAUCAUCAUCAAUCGGUGAUGUCUCAUCAGCAAGUGGCGACUACGCACUAAUGCAACCAUCGAGAAAAAUCUCCGCACCAAGUCAUCUACCCAGCAGUUCACUUAACAAACUCGCUGACGACAGUGGAGGAGCAACAUUACCAAAACUCGUCAGAGGUAAUUCAUUGAAGAAAGUUGAUGCGAAUACGUUAACGAGGAAAUGCGAUGGAAUCUCGAAGAACGUCGUCGUCGACAAGCCACCUAGUCCGAAAGAGUCAAUCUCAAAUAAUCCAAUGGCUAGUCAGGACGUUGUUUUCGUGCCCCUUGCAAAAAGACUCAACGAUUUGACAGUGACGAGACCGCGCCUCGUCACAACAUCGCCAACGACUAGUCCAACGCCAACGGGUUUCAAGCCCGUUCAAUCGAAACCAUCGUCACCGAAAUUAAUGGACGAAACAACGCCAACGCCCACGUCAACACCAACGCCAAUAUCAACGCCGACGCCAACGCAACAAGAUUCGGAGGACUACGAGAAACUUCAACCGGGCUACGAGAAAUUGGCGUCGGCUGUUGAAAAAAUUCAGGCGAGCUUCGAUAAAGCUUCGACGCUUCAUUAUGCGAGUCUCGAUUUACCGGAAGUCAGCGGAGCACCUCCGGUUUCGCCGACACCCCUUCAGGAAGGCUUCAAAUACGCUGAAAUCGAUUUCGGGAGGCUUAAACAAAACUAGGGAGGUUACUUUUUUUUUAAUGUUAUUUUAUUUUUAUUUUUUUUGUCAACUAAAUCAGAUCUGGGUGACGAUGCCGGGGAAUUUAAUGUUGGGAAUAAUGAGAUUUUUAGGGAAUUAUAUAGUAGAAACGGAAGAAAGUGUGAAUGUUUGUUGUUGAGGCUUUUGAAGAAUGUAUCUUCAAGAUGUGACUGCAAAUUGAAAUAAUUCUUUCGAAUCUUGAUGAAAUGAAUUUGAGAAUUUUAUGAGAAAUGUUCAAACGAAUUUUUUCGUGUCAAAAA